CAUCCGGGUUGUGAAUUACAUGUAUAUCACAUUGAUAAAAUAGUGUCAUGAAUGACGGAAUAUAUUUAAGUAAUACUGAAUCAAGAUAAUCGAAAUGAUGAAAUUUUAUUUUCGAAAAUUUGUUGUGUUGUCAGCCGUAGUAAUGGUGAUAUUUACAAUGAAACUGGGGAUGAAUCAGGUUUCGUUGCUGUCGGAACCAAUGGUACUCUUGACUUCAACAUCGAAGCCCUUUUAUGGUCACACGUCUCUAAAGGGAAAUGAAAGUUUUUUCGUCCCUGGUAACAAUAUCUUCUUUUCGUUAAACCACGCAUUUUUAUUGAAUGGAUCGAACAUAUGCAAAGACAAAGAUGUAUAUAUGGUAAUAUUUAUAUUGUCGCUCCAUGACAAAACAACACAGAGAACAGCAAUACGCCAGACGUGGGGUAGCGUUGCUAAGACCAGCCGUUGGCCUGGUACCAUGGUCUCGCAAAUCAUCAAAAUCGUAUUUCUAUUCGGUGUUCAUCAGAACCCAAUUCUAAACGAGAUCGUUCGAGUGGAAAGCGAUGUUCAUGGUGACAUAGUUCAAGCAAACUUCAAGGAGACUUACUCAAACCUGACCUUAAAAGUUUUGAUGGGAUUUAAAUGGCUGUCCAUCUACUGUCCCAGAACUAAGUUUGUCAUGAAGACCGACGAAGACUCAUUUAUUGUUUUACCCAAGUUACUGCACAAACUGGAGUCUCAAACGAUGGAUAAUACUAUCUUAGGGCCAUUUUUUCUCUCGGAUACAGUGUUCCGGUCCGGAAAAUACAAAGUAGAUAGAAAGGUGUACCCACUUUCCAUGUACCCUCCGCAUUGUAAAGGAAACCUGUACUUAAUGCCGGCAAGAUUAGCAACUAAGAUAGUUGCAGUUUCCAACCAUUUUCCGUACAUGAGAAUGGAGGAUGUGUUUAUAACGGGGAUUUUAGCUAAAGUGUUUGAUGCACGACAUGUCAAUUUAGAAGAAUCGGAGUAUGAUAAGUAUAAAAGUGCCACAAUGUGUGAAUUAUCAACAGGAUCUAAAAUACUGUCGCAGAGAAGUGACGCUAAAACCCAGUAUAAGAUCUGGAACACGCUCUUAGAGCCAAUUAUGUGUUCUUAGAGUACGUUACGUGUUCUUAGAGUAAGUUACGUGUUUCGAAGAGUUAAGGUCAGCUAUGUGAAUGUAAGAGCCAACCAUGUGAAUUUAAGAGGCAGAUAUUAUUGACAAUUUAUUGAACUUAACUAAGAUAACCAUUACUCCGUGCUUGUUUAUGGUACAGAAUAUCCCAAUAAAAGAUUACCACAACCCUACUCCCUAAACCUAAAUACAGCUUCGUUAUAUCAAAUUUCUUGCCAUUAACGGAUGUUGUUUAAAAGUGCUUAACCUCCCUUAUUUUGUAUUAAACUGUGAGGAAUUUGAUAUUUUAGCGAAAAUGCAAAUGACGCAUCACGCAUUUAAUUAGAUUGACAAGGUGUAGGAUCGCCUGUCCAAUCUCGGCUUUUUUCUCCGGGACACCUUGUUUUCCUGCCACUGCUAUAGACCACAACGCGCAAGCGAAUUAUUAAAGUAAAAUAAAACCAGUUUGUGUCGCGUAGACGUUAAACCCCAUUUUCUCCCUGCUUUGUAUAUUGCUCUUUAGGCUGUAUGCUUUUAAAAUUCGCGUAUUUGGCACUGAGUUUGUGCAUUUUCUUUCUGAUGACAUGCUGUAAUUAUACUGUGCAUUACAUGUUACAUUAAUGUGUUACCGCGUGCACAACUUAUAUUAAUAUGGUUAUGAAUAUGUUACCGAGAGUAUUUGUAAUAUCAAUGUGUUGCUGAUAACAGUUGUUAUAUAUUAAAUGCCGCGUGUUAUAUAUAUGUUUUAGAUAUAAAAAGCUGUUAUAUAUUUCACCCCGAAUGGUAUAUUGAUGUAUUACUGAUAACAAUGUUGGUAUAUAUACACCAUGGUGUAUUAAUGUAUUGCUGAUAACAAGUUGUUUACAUGCCGCAUGUUAUAUUAUACAUAACACAGUUCAAAUAUAAUCAUGAAUCAUAUUGAACAUAUGUAAGUAAUGAUGUUAAUUAUCGUCUCGAUAUAUAAUUUAUACCAUAAUUUUGUAUUUUUACCUGUGAUUGAUCUAUAACAGCUAAUACAAUUACAUGUAGUUAAUCAUUUAUGUCGCUAUAUUGUUUAUAAAUGUAAUGUUUAUAACACUAUGUAUAGAAAAGGUUUCUCUACGUUAUUAAAACUUGUUUCAGAUCAAUUUGAUAUGUGUCAAUAAAUGUGAUUUAAGCAAUGAUACAGUAAUAUACCAUACUAGUCCGAGUUAUUGUUCAUAUGUCCAAUCUUAUAGCCUAAAAGCCUAUAUUUGCACACAAAAUUUGAGUAACCCAUUUUUUUCAAAUUAGAGAGAGAGAGAAAGAGAAAUGGGGGUUUAACUUCCA